AUGAAUCUCAAUCUGACGUUUACCACAGAAAUAGUAUCGAACAUCCUCAGUACGGACAGCGUGAGCCAACAGGUUUUGCGCUUUACUGUAUUCGAUUAUGGAAUAUUCAUCGCACUGCUGGUAGUUUCGGUUCUGAUAGGAAUUUAUUUCGGAUUCUGUUCAAAAAUCAAGCAAGACAAUGUUGAGGAAUAUAUUCUUGGGGGGAAAUCAAUGCCCAAGUUCCCGGUGGCAGCAUCACUAAUUGCAACCUCCGUUUCCGGGAUUAGUCUACUUGGUGUGCCAACCGAUAUUUAUGCCUAUGGAACGCAGAUAUGGUUUUUCGUAUUCUCAGCAGUAGUUGUCGGCCUAACGUUGCACUACCUUUACCUUCCAGUUUUCCAGGACAUGCAACUCACCUCGAGUUUUAGCUAUCUCGAAAGACGCUUCGAUCGCGUCGUUCGACUAACGGCUAGCUUUGUAUAUGCCCUCUCGGCUCUGUUCUUGGUUCCGGUUGUGAUCUAUGUUCCGGCUCUUGCCUUCAGUCAGGUGUCAGGCAUCAAUCUGCAUCUGAUUACUCCCAUUCUGUGUAUAGUUUGUAUUUUCUACACAACUGUUGGGGGUUUGCGGGCCGUCGUUUGGUCCGAUACCGUGCAGUUUCUGUUGAUGAUAGCCGCUAUCCUUGCGAUUAUCGCACUGGGCGUGAUUGAUGUUGGCAGUUUCCUGGAAGUAUGGCGACGAGCUGAGCGAGGUGAUCGAUUGAUAUUUUUCAACAUGAACCCGGAUCCCACACAGCGGACAUCGUUCUGGUGCGUCACUCUCGGAUUAACCACCAACUGGAUAGCUGUAUUCGGCAUAAAUCAAGCAUGCAUUCAACGUUUCCUUGCUGUACCGACUCGCGAAGCCGCGAAGAAUUCCCUGAAAAUUUACAUUUUUGGAUUGAUCAUAAUCAACUCUUUAGCCUGUUUCAUCGGGCUCCUAAUGUACGCAAAGUAUGAAUCCUGUGACCCAGUAACAACGAAACAAGUGGAAAAACUCGAUCAGAUUGUACCAUUCUAUGUGAUGGAUGCUGGUGGAAAAAUUCCAGGUCUUCCGGGGCUGUUCAUAGUCGGCGUUUUCUCGGCGGCCUUAUCUACGAUGUCUUCCAGUUUGAAUACCCUAGCGGGAACAAUCUACGAAGACUUUAUACGCCCCUUCCGUCCAAACGCCUCGGAACAAUCGUCUAGUUCGGUCAUGAAAGCGAUUGUCGUUGUGCUUGGGGUCGUCGUUAUUGCCGUGGUUUUUGUGGUAGAAAAAAUGGGUUCCAUCAUUCAAAUGGCAGUUUCAUGCAGUGGAGUUAUUUCGGGUUCGGUAAUGGGUAUGUUUACACUAGGGAUGAUUUCAUCCAAAGCCAAUACGAAAGGAGUAGUGUCCGGUGUAAUCGUUUCAAUCAGUUGUAUGAUCACCCUCUGGAUCUCUUCCCUCGGUAAAUUACAGUACGAAUAUCUACCAUUCCGAAACGAUGGAUGUGAUGAAGGUGUUCUACCACCAAACUCAACCUGGAUCCAUCUCCCAUCACCGAAAGAUGACAACUUACCCUACAUUUAUCGAAUUAGUUUCAUGUACUACUCGCUGAUCGGGUUGGUAAUCUUUGUGGUCGUGGCUUACAGUGUGAGUUUACUGACCGGCGGCGGAACCGUUACCGAUCAAAGACUGCUGACACCGUUUGCCCGUUGUAAAAAAGACUUAAAUUCGCACAUAAAAUUAAAAGUCCAGAUAAGCCAACAUCCUCUGCUGGAUGACUCGGCGAAAGAUAAAGUUUGACGGCGACUAAAAUUGUAGUGAUAAUUUAAGAAGUAAUAAAUUGUGUAUAUUUAGACGUUCAUGUUUAC